AUGAUUGAUAAUGGAUCACCCGGAAAAUGUAGUCGGAAGACUGCACUCGCCAUUCACUUCACACUUUCGCUCAUCGCAUUUCUACUCUGCCUGUUAGCUCUGAUCUCUCCAUCAUGGCAUGAAGUCAACUUGGAGAACGGCCGCACUGAACAUCAUCACGGUCUGUGGCUGGAUUGUAAAAGAGACUAUUCACAUGAUUAUGGAAGAUCUCGAGAUUACUAUGAAACUUUAUACAGGUUCUCAUAUUCAUCAAUCCCUCCGCAAAAACUUUUGAAAUUUUUACAGAAGAGAUAUGCAGGGUUCUCCUUUCUGGGCUUUUUUCUUGCCCCAACUUCAGUGUGUCUACAAAUUUGACUAUUACAUAGACCAAGAAGAUCUCUACGAUCAUAACCAUGACGAGAACCGCAUUCAGAACGACGCCUACCAACAUUUAUUCCUGGGUAGACUAACGAAUUUUAGCGACUAUAAUGUAUUGUCUGUUUCAGGUUGGAAAAUAGCAGCUCUAGUGGGAGUUGGAGUCGGAGUCAUAUUUGCUGGUUGUGCUGUUCUAAUGGGAAUCUGCGCAUUCUGUCACAGAACUUUCAUCGUUGCAUGUACCGUAAUCAUUACUAUCGCCAGUAAGUCUCUAGUCCAUGUUUCAUGUAAUCCGUUUUUUUUAUCCAGUGAUGCUUUCGCUUUUGGGUAAUGCAAUCUUCUACUUCUGGGGAAACACUCAAGACAAUAAAGUUAUCAAGGAAGAAGAAGAGAACGAGACAUACGAGCAAGUGUUGGGGUGGGCAUUCUAUUGCCAUUUACUCGGAUCUUUGCUUCUUGGCUUCUGUUCCAUUAUGGGCUGCUGCGUGACUUCUAUUUCCACCGGCAAGAGCAGAUCGGAGCUUGUUUCUAUUGAGGUAAAUUUUAAAAGUGAGCAUUCUGAAAUACUGUUUUAUUUGCAGCUUGUGGAAAACGGCGAUGGUUCCGAGCUGUUGUCUUCAAAUGGGCAAAACUUCAAAAGAUCUUUCUCAGCUGUCUACAAGGUUGAUUCAUCGGCACUGCGACAGUGGGAGAAGUCCUAUCUCAAAAAUGUCAUAGAGAAAGGAGGCGUGGAACAAGUAAGCAUUGAGCUUUGGUGUAAAAUCAGAACUGUUAAUCUUCAGAACUUCAAAAGGACUGCAUCAGUGCCAAAUUUCUCAAAACACAACCGAAAAUCUCGACGCUCGAUGCGACAACAAUCUGGAACUGAUUUCUUCUCUUCCACUUCCAACAUCACUGAAAUUUCCCACUUUGGAUCCAACAUCACUAUGAAUACCCAACAGACGAGAGACACUACCCAGACAGCUCCUGCUGCGGUGUCAGGGUUUCCUAGCUCUUCCCAUAAACCACUGAAAUCCGCAUUGAAAACUCCCACUCAAACUCGACGUGACUUCCCUCCACCGGAGCCUGCUGUCAACACUUAUUACGAGUAUUGCGAUUCAACAAUUGGGGUAUCAAGCUUCUUAGGGUCUAGGUUCGUUUUUUAUUCGACUUCAUCAUCAGAAAGGGAACUUCAGAACUCCAACUCGUCCUAAUCAUCCUUACGACGAAGUCUACGAAACCAUCCCGGGAGAAGACUAUUUGGAGCCAAAGAGUGUUCGGAACAACAGACUGUCUAAUUCAACACUGAGCACUACUGACUCUGAACACAAUCAAAAAAUGCUCCAGAAGACUCUGAUGCCAGUUAAUGGGUCCUCUCAAUCAAUUCCAGUCUCAAAAAGUCAAAAGACCACAGUUAUAGAUGACGUGGCAAAGAGACCAUCGUCAUAUAACGAAGAAGGAGACCCGAGAGAUAUUCAUUUGUUUAGAAUUCGUGAAAGAACUUUGAUUGAGAAGGAAGAAAGAGAGAAGUUUAUCAAAACUGCAUUCCUCCCCCCUCCUCCAGUUAUUCCACCAAAACCCAAGAGCAUUCGCGAGUUCGGAAUUGAUCUUUCGAAGGAGAGUGUUGGGUCGUGUAAAGUAGAAGAACCCGAGAUUCAAGCUCCCAGGCUUUCAGCCAUGCUUCCCCCAAAACUAGAAGAACGAGGAGCAUAUGCCGUUAAUCCAUGUUAUGACGAGUGAGUAAAAUGAACUCAUGUGUUUUCAGUUUACUGACUUGUUUUCCAGUUCUGACGACCUCCCGUCCCCGCCAGAGAUUGCGCUCAAUACGUUCGCAGCAAAACAAAAGUCAAUCACAAAUCUAUCUUUCCGGGGAAUGUCUGGAGGACCUUCAGCAGCUCAACAGAUCUUUGAUCGUCCCGAAUCUUUGGUUUCUGUUUCUUCAAGCGCCAGCAACAUCAAGAAUGAUACGUCCCGCCGGCCACUGACAAGCAUUUCCCAACAUUCGCUAGUUAAUCGCAGAUUGCUCAAUGUGAUUCCUGAUGAGGUGAGAAAAAACUUUUCCCUAAAAUUUAGCUUUCAAUUUCAGGUUGAUCGUUCUGUUGGUUCAUCGACAAUUCUGGAGAACGAGAUCCAUGAUUCUGCGUCUUCUUAUGCUCAGGAUGCAGAAGUUAGGUUGAAUCUCUUCAUGAAAGAUUCCUCAAAAAUCAGUCAGGACGAGACGACUGUUUGACACAGUAUUCCUCUCUGCCAGUUACGAGUUUCACGCAUUUGCAUUAUCAUUCCCUUUUCCAUUCCCUCCUCUCGCCGAUGAUCUCUAUGUCAUUCACCUGCCAGUAUAUGUGUUAUCGAAUAAAUGUUCUUUUUUUAAAUUUCUUGCGGGCUUAUGAUAAAACAAAACGCAGCACGUUUACGGUUCUAGAUUAGAUAAGAGGUGGUCUGAAGACUAUUGUCAGUAUGGAGACGCAGAUAACAACGUGCUACAAUAUCAGAAAUAAUACGGGCUCAUGAGCACAUGCGAGUGUUUAUCAGCGUCAUAAUUCUGAUUUCUGCGUCCACUAAGUCCUGAAACUCCUUUUCCCUCAUUUAUAAUCAUUCUCAUCCAAUUUUUCAAUCAUAGAAAAGUUUUGCUAUGAGUGGUCAACUUUUAUAAAAAUUGAAUAUGUCAACGUUUUCGAAGAAUAUUACCAACGGCGUUGCUUUUUGAUCUUUUAAUUCCAUUUUUGUCACACGAACUGUCAAUUCGAUAUGCAUGACUGCUCGUUUCUGUAUUAUUUCGCCACUCACUCAGACAGUCAUAGUUGCAGACUAAUGCGAGACGUAACCGAUAUUUCAUCUUAUGAUGCUACGAAUCUCGUCUUCUAUGUCAAUGGAAAACGAAUCGAAGAAAAAAAUGUGGAUCCCAAGAUGACAUUGGCAGCUUAUUUGCGGGAUCAACGUAAGUUUUACUUGUUUUCUUUCUAUAAAUUAAAAUAGCAUUUUAAGUGAAACUAACCGGAACAAAGAUCGGAUGCAAUGAGGGUGGAUGUGGAGCAUGUACCAUAAUGAUUAGUCAAGUUGAAAAUGGGGAAAUCAAGUAUGUUGAUGAGAGAACAUUUUAUGUUUACCAGAUUGUUCAGGCACUUCUCAGCAAAUUCAUGUCUGAUGCCCAUUUGCGGAGUGUUUGGAAAAGCUGUUACAACUGUUGAAGGAAUAGGAAGUGUGGCUAAAAAUCGACUUCAUCCUGUCCAGGAGCGAUUGGCGAAGUCAGACCUCACCAAAUAACCUAUGUAAAAGACAAACCAUUUAGAGCACACGGCUCUCAGUGUGGAUUCUGCACACCUGGAUUCGUUAUGGCCAUGUAUGCACUUCUUCGGAACAAUCCCAAACCGACUGUAGAUGAUAUCAAUCUUGGCCUUCAAGGAAAUUUGUGUCGUUGCACUGGAUACCGUCCAAUUCUUGAAGCUUUCUACAGUUUUGCAGUAGAUGAAAGUGGAACUUUGAAGGUCACCGAAGAGAACGGUUGUGGAAUGGGAGAGAAUUGUUGCAAACUGAAAAAAGCGUACGGAUGCACUGCAGAAGAAGUGACUCCAGGAUACACAGGAGGAGAAAGGAAAAGAGUUAGUCAAAACAGAUCUUAGCAAAAAAAGAUUUAUGGCAUUUUUUCAGAAGUUUCAACUGAGUGACUUGUCUGACUGCAAACCAUAUGACCCAACUCAAGAGCUCAUUUUCCCUCCAGAGCUGAAAUGUCACGGAUAUGAGGCAAUGUCAUUUGCCUACGAUCAUCACCACACAAAAUGGUAUCAACCUAUCAGAUACGAGUGAGUUCAAAAGUUCAUUGAAUGUUUGAUUUCUAUUUCUGCAGCGACCUUCUUGCAUUGAAACGUGAGCUGCCUCACGCUCGCCUGAUUUCUGGAAACUCUGAGCUUGCAAUCGAACUGAAGUUCCGUUUCAUUGACCUUCCAGCAGUAAUAAAUCCCACACAAGUGAAGGAGCUUCAUGUCCGAAAUGUAGAGAAAAAUGGAGUUUAUGUGGGAACUGGAAUGUCUCUCACAGACAUAGAUGUCUAUGCUGUCGAACUAAUGAAGCAACUCCCGAAAGGUAACAAAGCAUUGAUUUGGUACAAUGAAAAUCUUCGUUUUCAAGAACACAUUGGGAUUCUUAAACAUGUUCAUGAGAUGCUACAUUGGUUUGCUGGAAUCCACGUCAGAAAUGUUGCUGUUAGUCCACACACAUCUGUUUUCAUAAAAAAUCACCUUUUUUCAGUCUGUGGCGGGAAACAUUGCCACUGCUUCUCCAAUCUCGGACCUCAAUCCUAUCUGGAUGGCUGCCAAUGCUCUUGUUGUCCUUGAUUCGGAUGCUCGUGGAGAAAAACGAGUUCACAUCGACGAGGAGUUCUUCCUCGGUUACAGAAAAACUGUAAUCCAGCAAGAUGAGAUAAUCAAAGCUGUUGUGAUUCCUCUGACCGAAAAGAAUGAGCACUUCGCUGCUUACAAGCAAGCUCAGCGAAGAGAGGAUGAUAUCGCAAUUGUGACUGGAGCUUUUCUGGCCAAAGUGAACCCAAUUACGCUUGAAGUUGAAAACAUCAGAAUGGCUUUCGGAGGAAUGGCUCCAACUACCAAGCUCGCUCUGAACACCAUGUCCCAGUUGAAGGGUCAAAAAUGGGGUCAAGCUCUGCUCGACAAGGCUCUCACUCUUCUCAGCGAAGAGAUGAAGCUUCCAGCGGGAGUUCCCGGCGGAAUGUCUCAGUACCGACUUUCUCUUGCUCUCUCAUUCUUCUUCAAAUUUUUCUUAAAAGUGUCCAGAAAACUAAACCUCACAGAGAUCGUUGACGUGGGUCACACAUUGAAAAUCGGACAAAACGUUUCGAAAAAUUUGUACGCAACACAAGCGUAUCAAGAAGUUAAUGAGAACCAGAGACCGGAUGACCCACUGGGAAGGCCUUUAAAGCAUGUUUCUGGGGACAAACACACGACUGGAGAAGCUGUUUACUGUGAUGACAUCAAUGUGGCUGACUCCCUUCAUAUAGCAUUCGUCAUGGCGCCAAUCGCUCAUGGAACAUUGAACUCGGUUGACUAUACGGCGGCAUUGGAGGUGGAUGGUGUCGUCGGAUACCUUGAUGCUUCCGACGUUUACACCGGGGCACAAAUGGGUCACCACAACGAUACGCCAGUUUUUGUGAAGGACAGAAUUACAUACCAUGGACAGCCGAUCGCUGCAAUCGUGGCGACAGAUCAUGAGAUUGCACGGAAGGCGGCAUUUCUUGUCAAGUUGGACACUUCCGCCGCGAAGCCUAUCGUCACCAUCAAAGUAGGACAAAAUUAGGGCAUUGAAAUUACGAUUGAUUAAAUUCAGCAAGCUUUGGAAGCAGAAUCAUUUGUAUUCAAGCACUUUUACAUUCAUUCAUCGUUGAACGAAAAUGAGAAUGUUGUGCAAAACGACUGGUCGAAGUACGAGAGAGUCGUUGAGGGAUCCAUUGACAUGGGAGGUCAAGAACAUUUUUACCUGGAGACACAGCAAUGCAUAGUCAUACCGCACGAAGAAGACGAACUUGAAAUCAUUAUCUCCAAUCAGUGUGUCAAUGAUGUUCAAGUAGGGCUUCUCAUUCUCUUUGGGCCGUCAUAAACAAUGAUAUUCCAGAUUGAAGUUGCGAAAUGUGUUGGCAUAGCACAGCACAAAAUCACAACGAAGGUGAAAAGAAUCGGAGGAGGAUUUGGAGGGAAAGAAUCCACUGGAGCUAUUUUGGCAGUUCCCGCAUCAUUGGCUGCCAGAAAAUUCAACAAGCCAAUUAAGGUGAAAUUCGAGCGAUUUGAUGACAUGGCUAUCACCGGUACCAGACAUCCGUUCACUCUUCAAUACAAGCUGGCAGUUGAUGAGAACGGAAAAUUUCUAGAUUUGGCCUACACAGCUCUCUCAAACAGUGGGCAUACCAUCGACUUGUCUAUGGGAGUCAUGCGUGAGUAGAACUGUUCUCUUCAAAGAGUUUCUAAAAGGAUUUCAAGCUCUCAUCUUUUUAGAAAGAGCCAUGGUCCAUGCAGACAACGUGUACAAGUUUGGAAAUGCCGAUAUUAUUGGAAAAAUGUGUAAAACAAACUUGGCUUCCAACACAGCUUUUCGAGGAUUUGGUGGACCACAAGGAAUGUUCGGAACCGAAAUUAUGGUGAAGCAUGUGGCUGAGAAAUUUGGAUGGGAUCAUGAUGAGAUCAGGGAGAAAAAUUUCUAUCAGGAAGGAGAUUGCACUCCGUUCGGUAUGCAUUUGAAUCAAUGCAAUGUCAUUAGAACUUGGGAAGAGUGCAGAGCCAGCAGUGAAUAUGACAAACGGUUGGCAGCAGUACAGGAGUUCAAUAAGUAGGCUGAACUGACUGCGUGAAAUAAGAUGUUUCCGUUUACAGGAAUAACAAAUACCGCAAACGAGGAAUCUAUCUGACGCCUACAAGAUUCGGAAUCGGAUUUGGAUUGAAGCAGCUCAAUCAAGCGGGGUCUCUUGUCCUUGUCUACACAGAUGGAAGCGUCCUAGUUUCCCACGGAGGAAUGGAAAUGGGUCAGGGACUACACACAAAAAUCUUGCAGGUAACAAAAAUCAAAAUAUUUUGACUGAACAUAGAAUCUCUACAGAUCGCUGCUCGUUGCCUUGAAAUUCCCAUUGAGAAAAUUCACAUAAACGACACUUCCACCGACAAAGUACCCAAUGCUUCCGCCACCGCUGCUUCUGUCGGAAGUGAUAUGAACGGAUUGGCAGUUCAAGAUGCUUGCCGUCAAAUCAUGAAAAGACUGGCCCCGUUCAAAAAAGCGAAUCCAAAUGGAGAAUGGGAAGAUUGGGUGCGUGCUGCAUACGUCGACAGGGUCUCCCUAUCUGCAUCCGGAUUCGGAAUGUGAGUUAUUUCGUUUCCUACAGAGUCCGAAAGUGUGCGAUUGACAGAAUUCACCACGAGCCAGUAGACUUUUUCAAUGGAAAGGGAGCUGAACUAUUCGGAUAUUCAGUUUACGGAACAGCCUGCUGUGAAGUGGAGGUGGACUGCUUGACCGGAGAUCAUCAUCUUCUCCGAACGGACAUCGUGAUGGAUGUCGGAGAGUCUCUGAACCCUGCAAUCGAUAUUGGCCAAAUUGAAGGAGCCUUCAUCCAGGGUUACGGUCUUUUCACAAUGGAAGAAGUAAAGAUCCGUCCAGAUGGAAUCAGGCUCACUCGUGGUCCGGGAACAUACAAAAUUCCGUCUGCGGAUGAUGCUCCACGCCAUUUCAAUGUUUCUCUGCUGGGGAAUAGCAGUAACAAGAUGGGCAUUUUCUCUUCGAAGGCGAUUGGAGAACCCCCGCUCUUCCUUGGAAGCUGUGCUUUCUUUUCCAUUCGAGAAGCUGUCAGAGCUUAUAGAAUUCAGAAUGGACACUCUGUAAGUUCUGUUUCAAAAGAUCAUGAAAACUUUGUUUUAUAGGACUAUUUUGUCUUCCAUUCCCCUUCAACACCUGAAAGAAUUAGAAUGGCUUGUGAAGACUUUGUGACUUCUCAUGUGCCAGAACUUCCAGAAGAAGGAACUUACACCCCGUGGACAACAUCAGUCUAA